AUGACGAUUUUCUACAUCGGAGGUCUUCAGGAGGGAAUUAGUGCUGCAGUAAGAGAUGACAAAGUGGUUACUUGUUUUGUUAGAGAUGACGAGGAGUUGAGCUCUGAAUGGGAGGAGGACUAUUUUGGUGAUGCUGAGGUCGUACAAGCACUCCAUGCCAACUCGAUUGUAUUGCGCUUGACAGCGGGUUCACAGGAAGCUGAACUCCUGGCCUCUUUCUCUCCGAUCCAGAAGGUCCCGAGUGUUAUCGUUAUCAACAAUGGCAAGAAUCAUUAUAUCGAGCCAGAUAUCACGAAGGAUGACUUCCGCACUCGAUUGAUUACAGCUUUGAAAAAGGAACAGACAAUUCGUCCUACACAGCAAGUACAAGGUAAUGGUACACCUACAGCUUCAACAAAUAAUACGACGGUGUCAGUCGUGCCACAACCCCAGCGUGAGGCGCCAUCCAAUGCCAGCAAUUCCACACAAUCCGCAAAGAAAGCAAGUGAAAUUACAAUAAAGAAACAAUCACCGAUUGGACAAGUACCAAAGAAAGCUGCGGAACCUGCAAAGUCAACAAGCUCUACAUCUCAAACAUCAUCCAAAGAAGCCAGCAAUAAAGACUACAAAGGCAAAGCGCCGAUGGGGUCUAAGAAUCCCACUGCCAAAGGUGUCGUAAAGAGUGAACACCAAGAGCCAAAGACUAUAGUUUCUCGGGGACCUCCAACCGAGUACCGGCUACAAGUGCGCCUGUUCGAUGGAAGCUCCGUGCGGUCUAGCUUCGCACCCACCCAGAGCAUCCGAAAUGAUGUACGAGCUUGGCUUGAUGAAAAGAUGGAAGGCGACAACCGACCCUACAACCUCAAACACAUCUUAACCCCUUUCCCUAGCGAAACUCUUUCCGUCGCCCAAGAAUCGCAAACCCUCCGCGACUUAAAUCUCGGUUCCACUGCGAACCUCGUCAUGAUUCCUGUAUCAACAUAUACGGAAGCCUAUUCGGCAGCGGGUAGCUUGCCCGCCCGUAGUGUCUCUGCCAUCUACAACUUGGCCUCUUCUGCUGCCAACACCGCAACGGGUUUUGUGGGUUCAUUCCUUGGAUAUGGCCCAACGGCACCAGCAAGCGGUGCAACCACCUCUUCGGCCUCUUCGGCUACUGGCAACUCUCAGCGUCCUGGGACUACGGGACCCAAUAUUCGGACGCUGAGAGACCAGCAAGAUGGACGUGGGGAUAACCAGCUCUACAAUGGGAACCAGUUGAAUUUCGAGCCACGGAAUAACGAGGAUGACAAGGAUAAAUGA